AUGGUACAUCCAGCAGCGAUACCAACUUCACCAACUUGUAAUCCUGAUGAAGUUGAUAAUUCUGAUGGUGGGGAAUCUGAAAGCAUUGAUAGUCAUGAUGCUACCAUUGAAGAAAGCGAAACUGAUAAAGAAAAAGAUAAAGCAACUUCGUUAUCACUGCAACGGACACUGAAGGAAGCUCUACGCGUAGCGGCUGCCCAACGACAAAUGCAAAAAAAUAAAGCCAAAAAUAAUAGCAAUAAUGAUAAUUGCAUCAUUGCAAGCAAUAAUAAUAAUAAUAAUAAUAAUAAUAAUAGUAAUGAUAGUAGCAGUAAUAAUAAUAUCAAUAACAGUAAUACUCAGAAUGGUCCAACUGGUGCCAUUACUACCUGUGCUACCAAUGCGCAAGCUACUGCAGCGUUCCCUCUUCUCGCACCUUUUCUACUGCCGGGUGAAUUCAGUUUGAGUUCAGCACCAGCAGUUGGAACAAGCAACGCCAUUAUGUAUCAAAUACCUCAAGGCGUGAUAUACACAAAUGAAGAAGGAGUUGAUAAUAGUAGUGCUUUAUUUGUUAACGGAGCUGGAAAUAGUACGAAUCCUACAUCAAAAACUCAACAAACUAAUCCACAAUUUAUGUUUCCUAUUAACUCGCUCACUUUACAACAGAGCCUUUUACAAAUGAUGUCAACGGCUGCAUUAAGUGCUGUUCAGUUGGAUAAUAGUGAACGUUCUAGUUGA